AUGCCUUCCCACUUCGACACACUCCAAGUUCACGCCGGUCAAGAGCCAGAAGGCCCUAUCAAUGCCAGAGCUGUACCAAUUUACGCCACCUCCUCAUAUGUCUUCAGAGACUCCGAGCACGGUUCUAACCUGUUCUCUUUGAAGGAGCCAGGCUACAUUUACUCCAGACUCAUGAACCCAACCACUGAUGUCUUGGAGAAGAGACUCGCCGCUUUGGAGAACGGUGCCGCUGCCGUUGCUACUUCCUCCGGUCAAGCUGCCCAGCUUCUGGCCAUCACUGGUCUCGCCCAUAACGGAGACAACGUGGUUUCCACCUCGUUCCUCUACGGUGGUACCUACAACCAGUUCAAGGUUGCCUUCAAGAGACUCGGAAUAGAGACCAGGUUCGCCAAGUCCGACAACGUUGAGGAAUUCGCUGAACUCGUUGACGACAAGACCAAGGCCAUCUACUUGGAGAGUAUCGGAAACCCAAAGUACAACGUUCCUGAUUUUGACAAGAUCGUUGCCUUUGCUCACGGUAAGGGUAUUCCAGUUGUUGUUGACAACACUUUCGGUGCCGGUGGUUACCUCGUUAGACCAAUUGACCACGGUGCCGAUAUCGUGGUUCACUCCACCACCAAGUGGAUCAACGGUCACGGUAACACCAUCGGUGGUGUCGUCAUUGACUCCGGUAAGUUCCCAUGGAAGGACUAUCCAGAGAAGUUCCCACAAUUCUCCAAGCCUUCCGAGGGUUACCACGGUGCCAUCUUGAACGACAUCUUUGGCAAUGUCGCCUUUGCCGGUCACGUCAGAGUUGAGCUCUUGCGUGACUUGGGUCCAGCUGCCAACCCAUUCGGUUCCUUCCUUACUUUGCAAGGUUUGGAGACUUUGUCUCUGAGAGUUGAGAGACAGGCUUCCAACUCUUUGGCUUUGGCCAGAUGGUUGGAGAAGUCCAAGUACGUCUCAUGGGUCUCCUACCCAGGUCUCGAGUCUCACGAGUACCACGAGAACGCUAAGAAGUACUUGCACAACGGAUUUGGUUGUGUCUUGUCCUUUGGUGUCAAGCCUUUGCCAACUGCCGCUGCCGACCCAUUCAAGGAGUCUGGCCCACGUGUUGUUGACAACCUCAAGUUGUUUUCCAACUUGGCCAAUGUUGGUGACUCCAAGUCCCUGGUCAUUGCUCCAUGGUACACCACCCACGAGCAAUUGUCAGACGACGAGAAGAUCAUUUCCGGUGUCACCAAGGACUUGCUGAGAGUCUCUGUCGGUACCGAGUUCAUUGACGACAUUAUUGCUGACUUCGAACAAUCUUUUGCCAAGGUUUUUGAGGGUGUUGCCAUCUAA